GGUAUGAAUUUUCCCAGCCUUUCACCUUCAGUUUGUGGAUGUCUUUUCCUAUGAGAUGAGUCUCUUGGAGGCAGCAUAUUGUUGGGUCAUUUUUUUUUUUUUUAAAUCCAAUCUGCCAGUCUACGUCUUUUGAUUGGUGAGUUCAGGCCAUAACAUUCAGGAUUAUUAUUGAGACAUGAUUUGUAUUCCCAGCCAUUUUAGUUUAUUUUUGGUAUUUAACUUGACUUGGUUUCCCCUUCAAUUAGUUUUUCCUUUAGUGCAAUACCUCCCUUUGCUGAUUUUCAUUGUUUUUCAAUUCCUCUUCAUGGAAUAUUUUGCCGAGGAUGUUCUGUAGUUGCAAGUUGUAAAUUCUUUUAAUUUUUGUUUAUCAUGGAAAGUUUUUAUUUCAUCAUCAAAUCUAAUGCUUAAUUUUGCUGGAUAUAAGAUUCUUGGUUGGGAUCCAUUUUCUUUCAGAGCUUGAUAUAUGUUGUUCCACAAUCCUCUAGCUUUUAGGGUCUGGGUUGAAAAAUCUGCACAUAAUCUAAUUGGUUUCUCCCUAUAUGUAAUCUGAUUUCUUUCUUUUGUGGCUUUUAGUAUUCUCUCCUUAUUCUGUAUGUUAGGCAUUUUGGUGUGGAUCUGUUUAAUUUUGUACAUUUGAUGUCCUGUAAGCCUCCUGAAGUUGGUUUUCCAAUUCAUUCUUCCUGUUUGGAAAAUUUUCUGAUAUUAUUUCGUUGAAUAGAUUGCUCAUUCCUUUGGUUUGGAACUCUAUGUCUUCCUCUAUCCCAAUAACUCUUAUUAAAUUUGGUCUUUUAAUACUAUCCCAUAUUUCUUGAAUUGUCUGCUCAUGGUUUCUUACCACUUUUACUGUGUGGUCUACAUUCUUUUCAAAAGUAUGUAUUUUGUAUUCAUUGUCUGAGGUCCUGAGGUCCUGUCUUCCAAGUGGUCUAAUCUGUUGGUGAUGCUUUCAAUUGAAUUUUAAUUUGGUUUAGUAUUUCUUUCAUUUCAAGGAUUUCUGUUUUGUUUUGUUUUUUUAGAACCUAUAUCUCCCUAUUGAAGUAAUCUUUUGCUUCCAGUAUUUGCUUAUGUAGCUCUUAGUCAAAAUGAUCUUUUGCUGCCUGUAUUUGCUGUAUUAUAACAUCCUUUAAUUCACAGAACAUUUUAAUUAUGUACAUCCUGAACUCCUUGUCUGUCAUUUCUGCUGCUUCCUCUGGCCUAAUAAUGUGGUAUCUUGAUUUGUUUGGGGCACUUUCUUCCCUUGUCUUUUCAUAUUGCUUGUGUGUCUUCCCUUCUAGCACUGUGGAUCCCAGACAUUACCAUUUUUACCCUAUAAGCUUAUAGUGCCCCUGUAGGGAUCAAAUACCUCUCCUUUGAGGUGAAGGACAAUGUUAACAGAUCUCAGUAUAAACAAUAUGCACCUCAAAAACAAAUGUUUGCUAUUAAGAUGUUUACAGAUUGGUCACAAUGUACAGAAAUGGUGAAUUCAAUUAUUAUCUACAAUAUUCUCAGUAGGUUUGUAAAAGGGUUUAUAGUUUCUGAUGUUGGACAAAGAACCAGGGGUGAGGAGUAGGAUGAUAUGCCAAGGAGGCAGGAGGAGAGGAUAUAGAGUUAUUAUAUCUUAGGAAGUGUGAAAGAGAAAUCUAAAGAGGAAGAUUAGUAGCAGAAGAAGGGAGAGGAAGUAAUUUUGGGGAGACAAGUAAGUAGGAAGACAAUAGAGUACAUAAAACAAACAUACAUAUAUAUUUAGAAAAAUAAAAAAUGUUAAAAUAGUAGGAAUUGGUGGGAAAAAGAAAAAAGGAUAAAGAAAAAAAUAUAUAACACAACUGUAAUAUACUAUUCAGAUGUCCCAGUCCUCAAAAUCAUAAUUCAUGCAAAGUACUUGGUUUCACAUGUGUUGGGAAUGUGAGAAUGGAAGAAUAGAGAGGAAGAGGGAAAAAAAAAUCUUGAAGGAAGAAACAGGGAUUGUUUCAGUUGGAGAUCAGUAUCUUUCCUGCUCCCUUCUCAUCUAAUAGGUGGGUUCAUCUGUUGUUAGCUGGUGUGUCCACCCUCAGGAUGGUAAAGGUAACCAGGGUAUCACUGUGUUGGGGUAGUGGCUGCUGGGGAGAGGGGGGGAGUUAAAAACUGGGUACCCCAGAUGGAUUUCCAAACUGGGAGUUGCCCCCACUGAAAAUGGUGAUGAAGGUGGCCCAAGAUUGAGGUGCCUGCUUUCAGUGAUGGGAUGUUGGGUUAGGUGGGAGGAGCCAGGAUGAUUUCAGAGAGGAGCACUGUGGUGCAGAGCAUGUGGCUGUCAGCUGACUUCAGAGCCUGUGUGAGGUUCUUGGACCCAGGCAGGCUAAGGCACGUAGGGUACUGUCUCUGCUGCUGUAGAAUCCUAAGAUGUCGGUGACUGGGGGAGCCCCACAUGGGCAGAUGGGGCUCCACAUGGGAGUAGCGGCCAGAGUUCCCGCGCCUGGGAAACUGCCAGGUGUCCUUUGUGGGAGCAGUGUUCAUGCUUUCUGCUCGGGUGGGUGGCCAAAAGUUCUGCAUGGGUGCUGAUGCUGAUGGUCCUGCCCUGGUAUCUGGUUGUCCUGCAUGGUUGAGUAGUUGGGAGACCUGCUCUGACACUGAGGCCUAGAGCCCUGGACUGGCAUGGUGACCAUGAUUCCUGCGAGGGAGCAGGAGCAUCACUCGCAGAGAAGCAGUAUUCUCACUACUUGAGUCCCAGGUCACAGAGUGACACAGACUGCUGCCUUCCUCUUACCCACCAUCUUGGUUUUCAACUGUUAUCUCCUAACAGUUGUUGAUGUCAUAUUUCCAAGGAGGCAUUUUCCCUUCUCUGCCCUGUUAACAAGUACAUACUACUGACUUUUGGCUACGUGUCCAGCCCUAUGGUCGUCUCUCUGAUGGUGAAAAAGAAUUGUGAGACAGUGUCUGAUCUCUAGAAGUUUAUAAUCUAUGUUGGAUGAUAAAUGAAGGUUCAUGUUGCCAUCUAUAAUCAAUAAAAUGAAAGGAAUGCUGCAUAAUGAAGGAUUAAAAGUAUGACACAGGUGAGAAGUGCUACUGAAAUAUAGAGCAGAAAGAGGCAAAAGAAGGAAUGAAAAUUGACAGUUAAGAAGAAUCAGUCACAUUCUAGGAAUCUGACUUGACCUCUCAUUGAAUUCCCACCACACUCCUUCAACAAGGCUGGAACUGGAGGGAGAGACAUGGGCUGGGUAGUAAUGGAGAGGGACUGAGUAAGUCUGUGUUGAGCAAGCCUUGAAAGAGGUGGAGAAGAAGAGAGAAGUGAAGAACGAACAUAAGGAGACAUGUUUAGCUGUCAUGUUGAAGGGAAGGGGAAUUGCUACUGAAUUCAAAUGGGCAUGAAUAUGGAGAGUCUCGAACACCAGGGAGAGCUUUUAGUUAGAAGUGGCAAGAUAGUGAUGGCUGCUACUGGAUAGUAGUGAUGGCUACUGGUGUUCUGUUGAUCCCCAUUUAAAACAGUAAAGGAAGAAUUCUGAAGUGGAAGAAGGAAAAAACAGCUUGGAAGAAGCAGUGGCGGGCCUCAUUUUAGUAUAUGGUGGGGACAGAAAUCCAAAUGAACAGAUUAAUUAACAAAGAGAUUUUCUAGGAAUGAUUGGCAGGACUCAGAAACGGCUUAGUAUUGGGGAUACAGGAAUAUAUCCUUAACAUAGGAAAUGGGUUAAUCAAAGUAAAUUCUAUAAAUUUAAGUUUAAAAGUUCAGGUAAAUGUUGGCAGGUGGUAUGGCAUAGUGAAAAGAACAUGAGCUUUGAAAUCAGCAAACCUGGGUGUGAGUCCCAACCCUACCACUUACUUCCAUGUAACCUUGGGCAGAGUCCUCUGCAUGGGUACACUGAUACAUAGUAUCUACUUCAUUGAUCUAUGUGAAGAUUAAAUAACAUGAUUACUGUAAAGCACUUAGAACAGCUCCUGUCACAGAGAAUUACAGAAAACUGUAAGGUCAGAAACCCUUCAACACAAAAAAUCCUUUGGACCUCCAAAUAUUUUUGUCAGUAAGCAAGCAGAGAAGACCACUUACCACCCAACUAAGGCCCAGUUUUCUGACACUCCUAAUUGUGUGUGUGUGUGUGUGUGUGUGUAAUAAUGUGUAUUGUUUUAAGCCUCUAAGUUUGGAGUAAUUUGUUCCACAGCAACAGUUAACCAUAUACAUUUUACUGAAACAUGUCUGAUCUCAUUAAGCCUCACAGCAAACUGGAUAAAAAGUACCCACAAAUUUGAGAAAAGACAGUUUGUUCUUUAGCUAUGGUGCCAUACCAAGUAGAUACCAGUACUAGUUUUAAACCUGUGCAAUCAAUAAUGACCUAAGUGAACAUGCUUUUGAAAGCUAGCUUGUCAAUGCCAGCUCCUUUUAACUGAAAGUCACCUGAUGUUCUUUUAGAAAUGAUGACUUGAUUGAUGGAUUGAUUUCCAAAGGCAUCUUCAUGGAGUACUAUGGUCUGAAUGUUUGUUUCCUCCCAAAAUCCAUUUGCUAAAAUCCUAACCCCCACCAUGAUGGCAUUAGAAAAUGGGAUCAAAUCUUUGGGAGAAUAUUAAUUGAUGGUUACUUAUAAAAGAGGCCCAAGGACAAUUACACAGCCUUUUCCACCAUGGAAGGACACUGUGAGAAGAAAACAUUUGUGAACCAGAAAAUGAGCCCUCAUAGACACCUAACCUGCUGCUACCCAUAUCUGGGACUUACUAGCUUCCAGAACUGUGAGAAGUAAAUUUCUGUGUUUCUUAAGUUUCCUAGUCUAAAGGUUAUAAGUAGCCCAUGCUGUUAUAGCAGCCUCUAUAAGACUGAGAGAAUUUGUUGAUCCACUGAUCAGGUUUAAACUGGUUCAAAUGACUGCAUUUUACCAUGGUUACAAAAUAGCUCAGCCUUUCCUCAUGUGUGGGAAAUUUUUGUAUUCUCAAAAGAUCAUGUUCUGAUUGAAGGGAGAUUGGGAACCAUGUUUCCAGGUGAAUGGGGGAUAGUGUCUGUUUGGUGAACUGACACUGGCCAAGCUUACUUGUUUAAAAAGAGCUGUGUCUGAAGCAAAGAAUGGUGCCCUAUAGAGAAUUACCAGGAGUUUAUCACUUCAUAUUUCAUCAUUUUUAUCAAAUUUUCUUUUGGUGUUUCUGGGGAUCGAAACCAGGGUCUCACACACACAAGGGAACCAUUCUAUCACCAAAGCCCUUUUGAAAUUUUUCAUUUUGAUACAAGGUCUCUUUGAGUUGUCCAAGAUGGUUUCCAACUUGUAAUCUUCCUGCCUCAGCCUCCCAAGUAGCUGAGAUUACAGGCAUGUACCACUAUGCCCCAUCCAAAUGUCUGAAUAGCAUCUUCAAAAGUCAUCUUUCUCCUUUCCUUUAGAUAGGACUGCCCCCCACCAUAAUUUGACAAGAUGGUUAUAUUUGUUUAUACACUGCCUAGAGUCUCAAAAUCUUCUCUUAGCUUUUAUUUUUCUGUAUUUUUUUCCAUCCUUGGACUCAGGAAGUUCUUUCUGUAUCUAACAUUGUCCUUUCCUAUUAUGACUAUCCAAGUCAGGAGAACCCUGCACAUUUUCCUGUGUAUAAAGCUCAUCUACAAUGGUUGUCAUCUCUGGGCAUGUGUUUACUUUGCCCCACAUCUCCCAAGAGAACAAGAAAUAUGAGAUUUGCAAUUUGCCUACUCACCACACUGUUUGGAAUUAUUACCUCCCUCUCUGAACAUCUUGGCACAUCUUAAAAGAAGGGAUGGGAUACAGAAAGAAGACAAACUUUGUCCCAGCUCUGCAGCUCUUGAAUCUGCUUGAGUUCUCACUUCCAAACCCUAGUUUCACCCAGCACACAAGGACCAGGGAAGGAAACUACAGAGCAAAGCAGAAGCUCUAAGUCAUGAAAACACUGUGGAUCAGAGGAUAGGCCCUGAGGCUGUGAUAGCUGUACUCUUAAGUUUUCGGCAGACACAACAUCUUUGUUUGUAUGUGGUGCCGAGGAUUGAACCCGGGCCGCAUGCAUGCCAGAUAUCUCAACCAAAAGGAAUUCCAAAACCCAACGACUUCCUGGGAGAUCAUCUGAAUUUAAGAAUCAGAGUUCCUCAGUCUUCUAAAUUUUCUUUGUGUGCCUUGGCCUAAAAUGUCAAACUCCAGGUGACAGACAUCCUUGGGACAACUUUGCAUAGUCCUCUCCAGAAAGAAGCUCUGUGAUGUGUGGAUUGUGAGCUUGCUCAAGCAAGUCACGCUCUUUAUAAGGUACAACUAAACAUAAGGACUGGUAUGGAAGAGCCGGCACCACUGGAAGGCCCGGACCAACUCCCAAGCCCCCACCAGGGCUCUCUGAGGAGGGCUGUGGCUGCUGCUCUGGCCCUAGAUGGGGAAUCUACAAUGGGUCGCAGGAAAAAGAAGAGGAAAGAAUCCCGCCCAGAAUCUAUCAUCAUCUACCGGUCAGAUAAUGAGAAAAUGGAUGAUGAGCCUGAAGAUUCAGAAGGUGGAGAUCGGCCUAAAGAGGAAGAGGGAGAUGAUUUCCUAGACUAUCCCGUAGAUGAUGGUAUGUGGAACAUGCCUUUCGACAGUCGCUAUGUCACCUUAACAGGGACCAUCACACGAGGGAAGAAGAAGGGUCAAAUGGUAGACAUUCAUGUCACAUUGACCGAGAAGGAGCUGCAGGAAUUGACCAAACCCAAAGAGUCCUCAAAGGAAAUGGCACCUGAAGGGAGAAAGGCAUGCCAGAUGGGAGCAGACCGGGGGCCUCACGUGGUCCUUUGGACUCUGGUCUGCCUGCCCGUGGUCUUUGUCCUCUCUUUUGUUGUCUCUUUCUACUAUGGCACUAUCACCUGGUACAACAUCUUCCUUGUGUACAAUGAGGAGAGGACCUUCUGGCACAAGAUCUCCUGCUGCCCCUGCCUCAUUCUCUUCUAUCCAGUGCUCAUCAUGGCCAUGGCCUCUUCCCUGGGCCUCUAUGCUGCUGUGGUCCAGCUCUCGUGGUCCUGGGGGGCCUGGUGGCAAGCUGCCCGGGACAUGGAGAAAGGCUUCUGUGGCUGGCUGUGCAGCAAGCUGGGUCUGGAAGACUGUUCUCCCUACAGCAUCGUGGAGCUGCUUGAAUCUGACAAUAUCUCAGGCAAUCUCUCCAACAAGGAUUCUACCCAGGAUGUAGAAACUUCUACUGUCUAAACUGCCAGCAACUUCCUUCCUUCUCUGGAUCCAGUAGCCUAUAUAUCAUCUUACAAUUCCAGUAGAUUCUUUCUUCAAAUUAUCCCCUGUCCCCUACAGUUGUAAAAAAUCUUAGCCCACACUGAUCUUCCCUACCAUCUUGAUGGUUCCCGGAAGGCAGACCACAGAAAAGCAACUGUGCCAAAGUAGUAGUCUACACAGUGAAUCAGCUCUUCUUAAUUCCUUGCCCUAAAAUGACCACUUGUCUUGGAUAGGGAAUUCCACUGUAUAUCAAUCCAGAAGCUUGAAGUUGUUACUGGUGCUGUAACCCAGGAGACUUUGUGACUCAAUGUGACAGGGAAAAUAAAGAAGCUCAGGGGUGGCCAAGUCCUCCGAGAAAAUUGACAGAGAUGGAGUGAAACGUUUGAAGUGCUGGGCUACUAUGCAUAAUAGAAAGUAGUGAUUUGUGUGAAUCACUUAGGUUUAGAUUGGACUGAUUAAAAUUAAAGUCCUAAAAUAUCGGUCAUUAGUUUACUUCUUGUAUAGAAGUUAGGAGGCAAACAAUUCCACGAUCCUGUGAAGUCAUUGGUACCCCAGGUUUCUUCUUUUCCUGUACCAUUAGCAGGACAUGGCCCUUAUUACUGUUAUCCUCAAUAUUCCAGUGCUGACUAUGUCUUUAGCCAUCACAUUCCAUGUUUCUGGAUAAACAGAAGAAGGAGUGAAGAAGAGCACACCCUUCUGUUUAAGGAGACUUCCCAGAAGAACCCCCUCUCAACAUUUUUAUAUCUGACUGGCCAGACCUUAGUCACAUGACAUCAUGAGCAAAAGAAGCUAGGAAAUGUAGUCUUUUGUCUAGGUAGUUAUAUUCUUAGCUAAAUAUUGGUGUUAUGUUAAUUUGAGGAAAAAAGGGAAGAAUGACUAUUUUGGUAGGCAAGAAGGAAUCUCCACCUUGUGAUAACUAUUUAAAUUCAGAAUCCCAAACUACUAAUACAGUUUUAUUUAUUUAUUUAUUCAUUUAUUUAUUUAUUUUGGCUUGAAUCUUACACAGAAUUUAUGCAUAGAGAUGAGCUAUGUACACUACAUAUAUGCUAUCCAUUAUUCAUCAGUAUUAGCUUCUAGUUUGUAACUAAACUUCUGAAAUGUGUGGUUUCAGGGCUUUUUUUUUUUUUAAAGCAAUAGUGGAUAGGAUAAUACAAUUACAUAAUGGUAGCAUAACUCUUCUUCCUGGUGGUGGAGGUGAAACAGGGGUUGGUGAUAUUUAAUCAAUAAAGACUGAGAAGGGAGGGAUUGUGCCCCACAAACAUUCCCCCAGCAGGGAUCAUUAUCCCUAAACAUGAAGAAGCCAGAUUUAGCCUUCUGUGGUUUGGCAGAACCUCACUCAGAGCCUUACUCACUCAGAUCUUUCUAGUUUAACAACAAACAUGGUGUUUUCUAUGCUAAGAAGUUUGUCUUCAUGGCCUGAGGGUGUAUAUUAGAUUAAACCAGAUGAAAAAGAUUCUGAAUUUUAAAAAAAUCAAAGGUGUCUUUUUAAUUUUAAAAUAUCAAAGCCCAAAGAGGUCAGCAGAUUUUGGAAGUUUGGAUCCUUACAAGAAAAGCCGGUGCUCCUUUUUGUUUCUGUCUUGGAAAGAAGCUGUUGAAAGAACUGCUGUGACCUAAACCAGAGGUAUAAGCCAUGCUUUCCACAGAAAGCCAGGAACGUUUGCUUAAUGUAUGGUGCUGAACUCCACCUUCAGAAGAAAUCUUCUUUCUUUUUAUUCAACUGUCAUUAGUUUGACUAGAGGGGAAAAAAAAAAUGUGCCCAGCAUUUUUGAAGAUAAUCUUGGUGCUUUCUGGUAUAUUUGCAGAGAUAUGAACAAUUGAAAUGCAGAUAAAGAAAAUAAAAAAGUGAAAUGUGA